AUGCGCAUCGUUGCAUCACACCCGAAGGCCUUCGGGGUGACCAUGGAGGAAUUGACCGGUCUGGUCACUCUCAUUCGCAACCUUUUGGAGUUCCCAGGCAUCUUGCGUCUAUGUCGGAACAUUUCCUCGGGCAAAUCGAAAUAUGGUUCUGAGAAUGAUGGAGCUCCAGCCAUGGCGACAUUCGAUUUCGUCGCAGUUUUCCGCUCAAUACCUGGACCCCCUAUUCUCGAUGACGACCCGCUGAAGGAUUAUUUUGCAACGUCACGUCAGACUCGGAAGAUGACCGACGAAGCGUCGCAAGAAUUGUGCGCUUUGGUUGUUAUCUUUGUGAAGGCUUUGCAGUUCUCCCUGCGGACGGAAGAAGAUCCAUGGCAAUUUCUAAGCCUAUUCAGAGGAUUGAAGUACGAUUAUGUCGGGACGCCCCAGCCACUUCAAAUUCUUGGGCGAUCUCGAAAGCAUCGACUGGCUACCCGAAGCCAAAAUCCACGGGCGAGCAAUGAAGCAGGAAGAUUUCCACACGACGUCUGA